CAGUUGAGCAAUUCGCCAGCCAAGUUGAGCCAGUUGACGCGGGAAUCAGCCUGGAAAAGUGUCAAUAAACGUCAGACCGCGGGGCCCUCAAAUACCGAACACUCCCAGUCCUUGCUCUACCCGCUAUACCAAGAUCCAGUCAUGGCCGGCACACAGACCAUCAUGGAGCCACCCAAGGCUCCAUCGCCGCAGCCUGACACGGACAUCGAGCUCAAGGCCCUCUCAAAACGCUUUCACUUCACGCCACCCUCCAUUCUCAAACCGCGCAAGGCAGUGGCCCAUGGUCGGCAGCCUCAACCCAGGCUCAUCCUCAUCUUUGGCUGGCUGGGCGCUCGCUUGAAGCACGUCAAAAAGUACGCUGCCGGGUACCAUGUCCUCUACCCAUCUUCGCCCAUCAUUGUCGUGCGCUCCUUCCCAACAGACAUGCGACCCUUCAGCAAGUUUGGGCGUGAAUUUCACAUCUUGACAAGUUUACUGGCGCAGUACUCUGUCGAUAUCACAAAGCCCGGAAAUGGCGUACUCAUGCAGGCCUUCUCCAAUGGAGGCUGCUGGUCCGUCUCGGCACUCAUCAACAGACUCGAUGAAUUCACAGUCUUGCGGCCACAAACCAUGAUUUUUGAUUCUUGCCCAGGCCGUGCACGCUACAUGCUUUUCAUCAAGGCCUUUGUUGCUGCUAAUAAUCUCGGCAUCCUCUCAAAGAUCUUUGCCGUGUUUUGGAUCACACUCGGGUACUGGACGUUCAAGCUCUUUUGCCGUUUACGAGGACAAGACCCCUUUGGCGAGCGUCGUCAUGAAAUGCUUCACCAUGUCCAUGCACAACGCAGGUGCUACGUCUAUUCAAAGCAAGACGAUCUCAUCGACUACCGUGACGUUCUCUCGCAUGCGCGUCAAGUCCAAGAAUACCACUUGGGAUCUGAACAAGUCACAACGGAAGAAUUUGAUGGUUCAGCACAUGUCGAUCACUUGCGUCUUGAUGAAGCACGAUACUGGCGUAUUGUCCAGAAAUUGUGGGAUCCAGCUUUGCAACCAACUGAAGUCAAAGUCCCGCCAUUGAUCUUGGCAACGUCAAAGCCAAGUGUCAUGUAUGGCGAAGAGCGUGAAGUCAACUCAUUGGUUGCUGGCAUUGAAGGGAGGCGCGAUUCUGAUGUCAAGAGUGAUUAUGGGUCGUAUGAUGCAUCGAGUAUGAAGUUGGCAAUUGAGGAGACUGUCUUUGAGGAAGAGUAAUCAUUCGGAGGGCUGGUCUUGCUUAGCAUUCUUGGCCGAACAGUCAUGGAAUUGACUCAUGGACACCUGGACAAUGCUGAAGCGAAGCUCGAACGUGCAGACAAUACAUUCAUACGCUCUAAUCCAUCAUUCUAUGCACCUUCCUGAACUUGUGAUUGCACCCGACAGCCCAUCUCAUCAGCAGUAUCAGCAGUCUGUACAAA